GUACCAAGAAAGUACCUAGGAACAACGCAAGAAACUACAUAUAGAGGAAUUAUUACAAAGUUUCCUAAAUUCGUCCAUAUAAGAAUAUACAGAAACCUCAUCUUUCGUUGUCCAGUCGAUAUCCAGUCAUGGAAGAGUGCCGGUUCGAAACAAGCGAGUUGCAGGCAUCGUUCAUGAUGUCGACUCCGUUAUGGUCCGAUUCUUGGAGUUUAUGCAACGCCGCUAAUUCCAUCGGGAGUAUCCAGGUCCAGCACAUCGCCGGAAUCAUGUAUGUCGCUUUACCGGCGGUGGAGAUAACCCAAUUGGGGGGAGAACUCGUGGGCCUGGAAGUCGCCGGAAGUGGGCUUUUUCCGGCCUUGUCGACAUCAUUAGCCACCGAUGAGACUCCGCCUAUGGUCGACGCUGCUAUACUUAAACUUUUCGUCUCCUUGCUUCCACAUAUUCAAUCUCAGUGCUCCCCCUCAGAAACACUCCCAGACACCCCGUCACCUCUUCAGCGUAUCAUCUUCGUCGACGGUAUUACAGCAUCCAUAUUCUUCAUCGAUCACACGAGGAUUGGAAAUGGAAGGAAGAAAACAGAUUGUGUUAACCGGACAUUCAACCGGCGGCGCGUUGGCCGCUCUCACCGCACUUUGGCUUCUCUCCCAACCGUCUCCGCCAUCAUUCCGCCUCCUCUGCAUCACCUUUGGCUCACCUUUACUUGGAAACCAAACUCUAUCUUCCUCAAUCUCUCGAUCUCGUUUAGCCCACAAAUUCUGCCACGUGGUCUCCAUCCAUGACCUCGUUCCCAGGAGAAGCAGUGAACAGUUCUGGCCCUUUGGAACCUAUCUCUUCUGUUCCGACAAUGGAGGUGUCUGCUUAGACAAUGCUGCUUCAGUUCGUGGGAUGCUUCACUGGACAGGAACUCCAAACAUUGAGGAACAUCAAAGGUACGGACAUUACGUGUCCUCGCUCUCCCAUCAGUUUCUCAUAUCUAGGAGCUUUCGUGGUGGGAACAUCUCCGACAAUAGCUACCAAGCUGGCGUCGCAUUAGCCUUAGAAUCUCUAGGAAUCUCCAAUGAUGUCCCAAGUGGUGUAUCAGCAAAAGAAUGCAUAGAAACGUCUACAAGAAUUGGUCGUGCUCCAAUUUUGAGGUCGAGCGAGUUAGCUAUUGAGCUUGGUAAUGUCUUGCCAUCGAGACUAGAGAUUCAAUGGUACAAAGAAAGUUGCGACGCGUCACCAAAGCAGCUCGGUUACUACGAUACUUUCAAACUAUAUUCAAAUCAAAGAGAGAUGAGGGUGAACCUGAGUCGUGCAAAGCUAGCUAAAUUUUGGGACAGAGUGUUUGAAAUGGUGGAGAAGAAUGAGUUGCCUUUUGAUUUUCAUCUGGGAAAGAAAUGGGUAUAUGCAUCGCAGUUUUACCAACUCUUAGCCGAACCACUAGACAUUGCAUACUUCUGCAAGUACAUAUAUUCAAGGGCUAAAGGUCAUUACAUGGAGAAUGGGAAUAGACCCAAAAGGUAUGUAGUGAUUGAUAAGUGGUGGAAAGGAAGAGGAGAGCCUAAUAAAGAGACGCGUGCAAGAACUCGAUAUGCGAGCACUACGCAGGAUACUUGCUUUUGGGCUAAGCUUGAGGAAGCAAAAGACUAUUUGGAUGAGAUGAGAAGCGAGAGUAGCGAUGCGCAAAGGCGAUAUUUGUUAUGGGAAAAGAUUGUUGCAUUUGAAAGCUAUGCGGAUACAUUGGUGACGAUGAAGGAAGCUUCGGUUGAUGUUUUGGUAAAAAAGUCGAGUUACAGUGUGUGGGUGGAGAAUCUUAGAGAGUUCAAGUUCAAAAUGGGUAAUGGAAUUGAGAUGGCUGUUGAUGAGAGUGACGCAAUGGAGACUUAAUUAGCAGGGUUAAUAGCAAAUCUAAUUUAUGAUUAUAUAACAAUCUUUAUUAAUUGUUGUUCAUUAUGUUUGUGUAAGACUUUCUGUUGUAUGUUUUUAUUUUAAAACCUUUAUCAUUACUGCUCAACAAGUUUAUGCAAGAGUUUCUAA